UUUAAUAAAAAAACGAAUAAAUGAAUUUCGGCUAUUUCGACAACGGGUCUUCCUUCCGUGCUUGACUUCCGCGGCGACUUCUUCGAAAACAGAAAAUACACGGCCGUCACGUACGAAUUACGGAGAAGCGGAUAUUCGCAGGUAUUCGUGAAGUGUCGCGAACGCCAUUGAAUCGGCAGGGGUGCCGUUACUGCCGUUAGUUGCAUAUCACGAAGAACAGUUAAAUUGCAACCGCAUUGGCCGCUCGUCCCCAUUCUCCCCGGCGACGUCCGCCGUCGAACGGAUCGUGAUAGACAACGUCAGAUUCCAAUCCAACGUAGCGAUAGCAAUAAGUGCAUAGGUGAUAACGUCAUCUUACAACACGAUUACGAGACGCUAUUUUCGCAUGACGGAUCGGCGGGGAGAAGAAAGAGAAUAGUGGAAAGGUACGGAUUGAUAUUGACACCAGUGACAUCCGAGACGGCUGAGGCUUCAAAGCUCAAAAAAGUGUACCGGCGAGAUGAGCUACCUAAAGUCGAUCGGCACCGCCAUCAUCUACAUCGGCUUGAUCCUAGCCGUGAUCACGUUCAUACCCGGUCUACCACCAGAGACAGAGUUUGUGGAGUACAGCAUAAUUCCACCGCGUCAAUUAGAUCCCAAGGUGGGCCCGAAAAAUCGGCUGAACGACGUCCAGAAGCUGUUCGAUGGCGAGAUUAAUUCUCCAGAGAGUUUUGAUUCCUAUAAUGGACAGCUCUACACCGGAGUCCAUGGUGGUUAUGUCCUUAGGAUCGAGGAGGAUCGUAUAGUGCCGUUUGUCAAGUUUGGCGAGAAAUGCGAUGGCAUUUGGCAAGAACACAAAUGUGGAAGACCAUUGGGAUUAAAGUUUGAUAAGAAAGGCAAUUUAUAUGUAGCGGACGCUUAUUACGGAAUUUUCCAAGUAAACGUUGCAACCGGAGAGUAUAAAAAUAUAGUGAAUGUUACUAAACCAAUUGAUGGAAAAGUUCCACGAUUACCAAAUAGCAUAGAUGUCGCAAAAAAUGGAGACAUUUACUGGACUGACAGUAGCACAGACUUUUCUCUUUAUGAUAUAAUGAUGAUAUUGCUAACGAAUCCAUCAGGAAGACUUAUACGUUAUAAUGUAGCUAAGAAGGAAAACGAAGUAUUGAUACGAAAUCUUGCAUUCGCAAAUGGUGUUUUAUUAAGUGAUGACGAAAGUUUCGUACUUGCUGCGGAAACAGUAAAGAAUCGUAUUAUGAAAUAUAAUUUGAAAGGACCAAAGGCAGGGCAGCAUGAGAUUUUCAUUGAUGGAUUACCAGGUAUACCGGACAAUAUUCACAGCGAUGGUCAUGGUGGUUUCCUCCUUUCUUUGAUCAUUGCUGAUAAUCCUGAUCAUCCUCUAAUUUUCCAAUCUCUCAUGCCACAUCCCUAUUUGAGAAAAAUGUUGGUACGGUUGUUAAUGAUGAUGGAAUUGCCAUUUAAACUAUUAAAUGAUGUUUAUCCUAAUCUCUACACUGAGAGAAUUUUGCAUGCAAUCGGAUCGUAUCAAAGCGCAGAUAUUGUAAGCAAUCCACAGGAGAAAAGUUCAUUGUUAAGAAUAGAUGCAUCUGGUAAUAUUAUUGAAAUCCUUACUUCAGACGAUGACUUAAUUCGUCAUGUAAGUUCAGCUUAUAUACACAACGGCUUUUUGUGGUUGGGCUCUCCGUUUAAAAACAAUCUCGGCAGAAUUCCGUUGAAACAAGUUUUCCCUGAUUUAGCUGAUAGUGCAAAACAAUCUUCUCAUACAAGGAGUGAAAAGCAAUCUCCGAACGUUGCUGCUUCUAAUGUAAAGACAGAAAGAAUCAAACGAGACACAGAUUCUACGACAGUAAGACCGAUCGAGUCGAACAGAGCUUCCCAGACAACAACGCCUAAACCAACUGCUGCUCCCACAACCACACCUAAGCCAAAAACCGCUGCUACGCCAAAACCAUCUCCAAUUCCUAAAACAGAUAAACCUACGGCUAGCAAUGUGAAACCAUCGGAAACUAAAUCAUCUACGAAUGCCGAAGCCAAAAAGAACAAUGCAAAAACAGUUGACGAUACGAAAUUAAAUUCCCCAAAGUCGGAAAAGAGUAAUAAAAAAGAGGAUACUACAAAGACACAAUCCGAAAAGAAAGUAAAAGUAGAACAGAAUGCUUCUGUAAAACAAACAGAGCAAAAAUCACAAUCCGAGAAAGUUAAACGGGAAACAAACCGUCCGAAAGACGACCUGUAAAUAAAAAAGUAAAUAAACUAUGAUAUAUUUGUGAUACCCACCAACACUUGUUGAACGGUACACUCCAUAUUUUUCAGACAUUCCAUUAAAAGAGAAAAACAGGUUGAGGAUAUAUAUAGAUUAACGAUUUCUCAUCUCUCUUUGCUUAUGCAUUUUUAUCAUCCACGUUGUUAUAUUCGAGUUAUGCGUAUGUGAAUAUAAGUUACGUAUAUACGAAUUAUGUGAAUCAUUAUAGGUGCUAUGAUUGCACCUAUAAAAGGUAAGUUUUACAAAAAAUAAGUUCAAAAUAAUCAAGAUGGAUUACUGGAAUAGGAACUUAAUCCUAAAGCCGUCUGUAUUACCGACUAAAUCGUAAUUUUUGUGUAACAAAUAUUUUUUUUCUCUUCCACAGAUUCGAAAAUCCUUUUCCAGAAUUAAAGUAUAUACAUUAAUACGUAUUUGUAAGGUGGAAUUUAUACUGAA